CAAGCUUAUAAAGAAGAAAAUAUAUCAAAAUAUGGUCAAACAAGAAGAUUUUGCCGUUGAGCAAUAUAUGGAUAAAUAUGAAAAAUAUGUGAAGUAUAACAUGGGAGAAACAUGUUGUUAUUCAUUAUCAAUUGACGAAAUUAAUGAAUUAGCAGGUGGUGAUGCCAAUGACGUCAGUUCAUUGAGCCAAGAUCUUUUACUGACUAGACUUACUUAUGGUCACAUUACUGGAUCUCCAGAGCUUAAAAAUGCCAUCACCAAUCUUUAUCAAGGCACUGGAUUAACCUCUGAUGGCAUUGUUGUUACCAAUGGUGCAAUUGGGGCAAAUUUCCUUAGUUUUUAUGGAAUUGUCGACAAGGGUGACCAUGUAGUUGUGGUUGACCCAACCUAUCAACAACUUUCCUCUGUACCUAAGAUGUUUGGCGGGAAUGUAGAUUUGUUUGAGUUGAAAUAUGAAGACCAAUACCAACCUGACCUUGCUAAAUUAGACAAAUUGGUCACUCCAAACACAAAACUUGUGGUUAUUAACAAUCCAAAUAACCCAACUGGUGUAGUUUGGGGGGAUGAUAUCUUAUCACAAAUUGUUGAUAUUUGUUCUAAAAACGAUACCUAUUUACUUUGUGAUGAAGUUUAUAGACCUUUAUAUCAUUCAGUGGACCAUUCACCAAGUUCAAUUCUUUCAUUUGGAUAUGAAAAGGCCAUCUCCACCUCAUCUAUAUCCAAGGCAUUUUCACUUGCAGGGCUCCGGUUAGGGUGGAUCGCAACUAAUGACUCUCAUCUUGUACGUGAAUUUCUUUCUAAAAGAGAUUACAACACUAUUUCAAUAUCCAUAAUUGAUGACAAAUUGGCAACCUAUGCUUUAAAUCAUUAUGAGAAAAUAUUAGAAAAAAACUAUAAACUUUGUCAAGAAAAUUUAGAAGUCAUCGAUAAGUAUAUCAAUGAAUCCAAGGGACUUUUGGAAUGGAUUAGACCACAAGGUGGAUCUACUUGUUUUAUUAAAGUUAAUAAAAAGGAUAUUGACACUUAUAAACUUGCAUGUGACCUUGCUGAAAAGGAAGGUGUCUUAUUAGUUCCAGGUGAAGUUUUCAACCACCGGGGGUAUCUUCGGGUCGGGUUCGGUAAUAGCAAAGAAGAUUUAGAAGUAGGAUUCCCAAUCCUUCAAAAAUAUCUUGAACAGUAAAAAUAACAAUCGAUUGUAAUGGCUGCGAAAUUUUGUGAUUUCAUGGACCUCACUACGGAACUUAUACGCCCACCCCUCCGAACAUACUCGGUACUGCGGAACUUUCAUAGUAUUCUAGAGCUUACACGGUAUUUCGAGGCAACUCCUCUUCUUUACCUACGGGGAAUUACCCCGUAGAUUCAUCUUAAAAUUAACUCAUUCUUAGGUCAAGUUUCAUAGUAAGAAUAUGAUUUUUUCAUGCGGUGUAGUACAAAUACAAACAAAUAGAUACGAAUAUUAUAUAAUAGAUUGACUAGAAAUAUGACUGUUAGGUAAUUGACCGGGUCCGAAAUUACUCUUUUGUUCCUCAAAGGGUAGGGUAGGCUUGUAAUCCCAUGACUAUUUCUUCUAACUUUUCUUUCUCUUUUCUUCACUGUCUUUUUUUUUAUAGUCCGUUUUCUUCGAUCUAUAAUUUCCUUUGUGCUUCACUCAUCGCCAUUAUUUGUACGAGAGUAUUCCGACGAGGGCAUCACUUUCAAACUCAUUGUUCUCAUGAUCAUGUUUACUAUCCUAUCACGUGUUCAGUUUCGUACUGAGUACUCAAUAAUUCGUGUAGUUCUGUGUAGAUCACUCAACAUAUUGAGAGUGCAAAUGAGAACUCAAAACUGCUCCAAACGCACAGUCACAUGACGUAAAAUUUAUUAAAAAAUAAUCGUAAAUUAUCCCGUAAAUAAUAUUUAAAUUGGACAUUGAUAAAAAAGAAAAACUUAUUUGUUACUAUGUAAUUCUAAAAUACAAGUACAUAUUUAUAACCGAAAGUUAAAAAGAGUCAUAAUUAAUAUGGAAAGGGCUGAGUUCGAAUUAUUUGCUAUCGUUAUUGUGGUUUUUUUACUCAUGUUUUUAGUCGCAAAUUUCCAACGCUUAAUUGAUCAUUAUCUUUAGUAAGGCUACUUGGUGGGGAGGCGGAAUGAUGGUGAUCUGGAUUGCUCGAGAAGUGAUGAAGAAGGUGGUUCUGGGAACUUUAGUCAGUCCUAGUUGGUGACUUUACAUUUGACGUGAUCGAUGUAUAUACACCCAGAACCAACUAUUGCUGGUUAACACUGGUCACUAAGUAGUAGAUUGUGGUUGCUGUUUUCACUGCUAUAGUUGACCCAACUUUUGUAUCGCUAUAUUUGACUUUAAUGAAUACAUCGAUGGGACCAC